AUUCUUUCAGCUCCCGGAAGAGCGGCCGACGAAGUUUUGCUUGGCGAGGUUGACAUUUCCGUGCACGGUUUGGAAAUUACGGAAGAACCAUUUCUGAAGAAAUGUACCCUUGAUGGAAAGGCAUAUUCUCACAGUCAAACAAUUCCCUCCCACGACUCCAAUUCCCAUUGCUUGUGUGUCGCCGGUGAAAUUUACUGUUGGUGGCAAACUUAUCAUUCGAGUACGGAUUCCUCUCCUUCCACAGAAAAGACCUAUACUGUUCAAAGUAGUAGCACCGACUCCAUCGAAAACUUGGAAGCCUCUGGAGAUCCUUCAGAAGAAAUGAUUGAAGGAAGAGACAGCCACUUCGAAAACAACACGACAAAUACGAAUGAAAUACCUACUUCUCCAGCCACCUGCAAUAUCAUGGGUAAAAUUUAUCACGAAGGCGAGAAAUUACCGCACACAACUGGCAAUUGUGUGGAAUGUAGUUGUGGACCAGAGGGUCGAAUCAAAUGUUCACCAAAAGACUGUGUCUCACUGAGAUCAGAAAUUUCAUCAGAUAAUUCGUCAGACGGAGAAUUCGAGGUAUUAAGGCGAAAUGGAGAAAUGGACGAAACCUUUUAAUCCAAACAAGUGAUAUAUAUCCGUAAUAUAAAAAGAAAUCUUUAUAUAUAUCUCUUAAUCCGGAAAACAAGAAAUAAGAAUAACAAGAAACGAAUAAUAUAAGUUCGAGAAGAAAAUAAAUCUCGAUUUUUUCUUUAUUUUCAAUUUAAAGAGAAAAUCGCAUUGAAGGAGAAGUUUUUUUCUUUUGCAAAAAAAGAGAGUGAGACCUAAGUAGGAAAUAGUAGAUACUUAUGUAGAUAAUAUAGAAUUUUAAUUGAACUAAAAGAGGAACUAAAAAUUAUAAAUUUUUUCGUUCCGCUAAAAAAAUUGUUACUUAAUAAUUUUUACUCGCCAGUGUAUUUAAAUCAACGCAUAUUAAAAAAUAUUUUUCUUACUUAGAAACUUACAAUAUUAGAAAAUUUCGAAUCGAAUAGAGUGACAUUAAAAAAACAACUUUACAUUAAUUACACUCGUGUAGAUUUGACAAUCAAGAAUCUACCCAUAUCGAUUAAUAAUAAUUCAUUAAAGCCCAAAAUUAUUUGUCGAAAUUAUCCAUUUGAACAAAAAAUCUAAAUCCAUCACUAAAAAAAAUUUAGAAAACUUUUUCAUUAUUUUCAAAAUUUAAAUACUAAGAAAGUAAGAAUGAAUUUCUAUCAAUAUUACGGAAAACUUUUCUAAUUUUUUUUAUAAAGAAAAUAAAUAAACUUAUUUCGAAUUAGUAAAAAAAAAUUUUUUAAUCACAUUUAUAGUCGUAAAUGGUAUAUGUGCUAAUUGGGCAUUAAUGAAUAAUCGACUGUCAUAUUCUCCUCGUGAUAUUAAAAAAAGGUGCAAUGGUCUUUAAACUCAAUUAAAAAAGAUUUAUUUGAAAAAUAUUAUCCCGCUCGUAUUUGGAGUAUUUGAAUCAUUUUAUCAGCUUUAAAAAGAGCACAAAAUAAUAAUCAUAUUAUAAUGUAUCUACAUAUCUCGUACAUGCGGAACCAAUUAUCGGAAAACGAUAUUCACAAAAAAAACUAUAUAUGUAAAUAUUAUUUAUAUUGUGUAAAAUAAUAAUUGCAAAUUAUAAUAUCCAUUCUAUUACUGUUUUCCAUUUAUAAUAUAAUUUUCUUAUUGCAUAUUAA